UCAUCAAAAGGGGUCAGGAAAAUGCAGUGCUGUAGGCACGCGCGCGCCAAUGUGUGUCAGUUAAACGGUUCCUUUGAAUAAGUAUUGAGAGAAUUGCACGCUUCUAAACGGGCUGGAGAAAAGCACCGUAUGGUUGGACACGUUUUGUCUCUUAGUUUGUGAAUUUGAAGCGGUCAUGUGUCAAGUUGAAGAAGACUAUAAUGGUCUGGAGUGUAACCAGGAGAAGAUACCUGUGCCGACGCUUAACAGGAAGUGUAUGAAAUGUAAGGAGGGAACUGCUGUGCUCAUCAUUCGGGUCAAUGAUGCAUUUUGCCGGUCGUGCUUUAAGGAGUACUUCAUACACAAGUUUCGGGCCAUGCUGGGAAAGAAUCGUGUCAUCUUUCCCCAGGAGAAGGUUCUUCUUGCUGUUUCUGGUGGCGCAGCCUCUUGCUCGAUGCUCUCACAAGUUCAAGAGGGGCUGAGUCGGGAGGCUCCCAAAAAGUUCAGAUUUGUGCCUGGAAUCAUAUACAUUGACGAUGGCGGAGCUUGUGGCCGAAGUGCAGAGGAGCGGCAGAGGUCUAAUGCUCUGCUGAAGAGCAUCUUCACAGAGACUGGCUUCACUUACUUUAUAGUUUCUCUAGAGCAGGUUUUCAGUCUGCCUACCUCUGUACUGGUGCCUGGCACAUCUGAUCCAGACCCAUCCAAUCCCAGCUAUAAACAAGCCGUGGAUCAGUAUAUCAAAGAGAAACAGACACUCACAGAAGAGAAUGUAGCCAGUGCUGUGGCUCAGCUCAGUAUAGCAGACUCUGCAUAUUCUCCCGAACGCAAGCUGGCAUUAGAGAGGCUGUUCUCAUCAAUGAAGACACUCACAGCCAAAGAGGAUAUGCUACAGACCUUAAGUCAGUUAUCAAGCACACUCUCUACCCACGAUAAAGCCAGCAUCCAGCGACUGACGGAGAGUUUCGUCACCAACCUACAGUCUGACUUCCCCUCCACUGUUAGCACUAUCUACAGUGAGAAACUUCAUACGGUAAUGCCCCCUCAAAGUCAAACCGCUGAACCUGCCUCCAAAUGCCUGCUGUGUCACUGUACUCUCGACACUAAAACCCACGAUAAAGCCAGCAUCCAGCGACUGACGGAGAGUUUCGUCACCAACCUACAGUCUGACUUCCCCUCCACUGUUAGCACUAUCUACAGAACUAGUGAGAAACUUCAUACGGUAAUACCCCCUCAAAGUCAAACCGCUGAACCUGCCUCCAAAUGCCUGCUGUGUCUCUGUACUCUCGACACUAAAGUAGAUAAAGCUUCUGCCUUCCAUGCUACUUUGGUAUCUGAGCAGCUGUCCCAGAUUAAACUUCAGGACUCGUCUCUAGAUGCACCAGCACAGUCUGCAGAGCAGUGCUGCACAGAGGGUCAGGGUUGUGGGCCUGGAGGCUGCUGUUCCUCAAACAGGUUGCCUUCACAUCAGGACUUGAAGAUGCUCUUGUGUUACAGCUGUAGACUCACUAUCAAGGAUAUGGUUGCAACAAACACUCUUCCACCUUACAUCAUAACAGAGGCAGAAAAACGACAGAAAAGAUCACGGAUGAAGAUGGAAAUCAGCGAGUACCUUUUGGAGGACGAUGAGGAAGAUGGAGACUAGCAGACAUUUGGUUCAGACAAAGUGAUUAACAACUUUCUCUAUAGGACUGUAUCUAGGGUUAGCCUUGCUAAUGCAUGGUUUCACCCUAUUCAAAACCAAAUCGUAAAAGUAUUCCAUAGUAAUUAUUUCAUUUGCAAGUCAAUAAAAAGUCAUUUGUGAA